AUGGCGAGUCUUGUGCUCGGGCAGCAGCUCGAGCAGGUCUACAGUUUGCUUGAGGCAUCGCAGUGGAAGACCGCCCUGAAGAUCCUGGAUCAGAUCGUCGCGAAGAAGAGCUUCAAGGGGAACGCCGAGGUACGUGUGCUCAGGGCAAUCGCCCUGCAACGUCUUGGGCGGGGCAGUGAAGCUCUGGAGAUCUGCGCGGACAUCAGGAAGGACAAGGCCAUCCUCUCGGACUCCAACGUGCUGACGCUUGCAUCUAACGUGUAUCGGUGGGAGCGCCGGCCCGCCGAGCUGGGCUCGAUGUAUGAAGACGCGUGCGCGGCAAAUCCCGGAAACAUGCACCUCCUUCAGGAAGCCUUCCGGGCCAACAUGUCGGCGUUCAACUUCGUGAAGCAGCAACAGAUCGCCAUGAAACUCAACAGGGGUGCGCCAUCCGACAAGCACUUCUGGUGGGUCGUCAUGAGCGUCCUCCUGCAAGCACGCAACGCUGGAAUGGCCGCACGUCGCGACCAGGCGGCACCAGCUGGGCCGGGCGCGCAGCAGCUGCUGAAGCUGGCGGACGGCAUGAUCUCCAAGCACCUCGGCAGGGCGGCAUCGCUCAGCGCCGACCAGCUGCUGGUCGCCGUGCACGUCCUGCGAGCGAUGGACAGACCCGGCGACGCGCUCGAUCACCUGAGGUCCGAGGUGGGACGAAACGCGCUGCCUCUGGAUCAUGAGAGGAUCGGCCUCGAGGCCGUGCUUCUGGAGGACUGCGGGGACUACCCGUCGGCAGCCGCGUCAUACCUGACGCUGCUGGAUGUGGACAAGGACGACUUCCACGCGUGGCUGAAAUAUCUGGAUUGCAUGCUGCCUGGGGGCGAGCCGUGGCGCGACGUUGUGCAAGGCGGGCUCGACUCUCUUGUGUCGCUCUCUCAGGCGGAUAGGCGGCGCAGCGCGUGCGACGUGUCGUUGGAGGAUGCGGUCGCCGCGGUAGAGUCGGCGAUCGCCAGGUUUGAAGGAGGGGCAGAGGAAAACAACAGCGGGUGUCGGAGCGUCCUAUUAGCUCGCACCGAGCUUGCGUACCGACUGCACCUGAUGUCGGAGCCUGGGCAGCGCGACGGCGAGCAGCUUGCAAAUGCCAUGUACGCAUACUUCAAAGGAUGCUCGACGGUCAGUUCAUGUGCGUCGGACCUCGGCAGGUACUGUGCUGAGAUAUCCUCAUUCCCGCAGGCAGCUCAACGCCUCGCUGACCGGCUCGAGGGCGACACGAAGGACCCUGAUCUCUCAGGGGACAUGCGCCAGGCCACCAACGACCUACGGGCGAGAGUGUGCGCGCUGCGCCUGCGGCACGAGCUAGGAUGCGAUGGAGAGGAUGGAGACAGCCUCGCGCGGCACGCACAUAGGCUCAUGGAUUUGUACGCUGCGGCCUCGCCGCUCUCCAAGGACCUCGAUCCCCGGGAACGCGGACCUGCUGAGGAUGUUGCCCUUAUUGCAGCUGGGUGUCUUGUGGACUGCUACCGCCCCACCGUCACGGACCACGCCAAUACUGGGCGUCUCAUUCAGGCGCUUCUGUGCCUGGAGGCUGCCAUCAAGAAGCGGCCAUACAGCGCGAAUCUUCGGAUUGCCGCCGGUUCCCUCAUGGGAAUCCUCGGAUCCGCAGAGGAGGCCGCGAAGCACUUCAAGCGCCUGGACAUCAAGUUCAUCCAGAACGACUCCCUGGCGGGGCACAUCUGCCUGCCGACGGCCUCCUCGCUAUCGUCGCUUGCUGAAGUGCAGCACCUCUGUCGGCAGGAAGUUGCGCUUUUUGACGACCAUGAAGGCUCGGCGGGUGAUACGCUCACAAUCGCCUACGAACAUGGAACACUAUCUAAAGUGAUCGAGAUGGUCGACUUCAAGGAGAGGCUGGAGUACUCCCAUGCCCGCCUGGUAGCGCGCCAAGAAGGCAGCAUCAGCGCCAUAUCCUCCAUCUUCACCCAAAGCAGGCACUCGCCAGCCUGUCUCAAGAAACAUGGGAUGGACAAUGCAGCGUCCUGA